CGGGCGAGCCCAUCCCCCCUGCCGCCGGGGCGCGCGCGGGCGGGGGGGGCGCGGCGGCCGUCCCCCGGCCGCGCUCGGCUCGCCGGCGGCGCCCGUUCCGCGGGGGCCGCGCCCGGACCGCGCUCGCCGCUUGUCACGUGGCUGCCCUCAGGAAAGGCAGUGGGGGGCAGUGGAACUGGCCUCAGCACUGGGAGAGGCUGGACGUCCUGUCUCUCUGUGCUGAAUGGCUGCGAUGGCGCCCGCUCUCACUGAUGCAGCAGCUGAAGCUCACCACAUCCGAUUCAAGCUGGCUCCCCCGUCCUCCACCUUGUCUCCUGGCAGUGCCGAAAGCAACGGCAACGCCAACAACAUCCUCCUGGCUGCGAACGGCACCAAAAGGAAAGCCAUUGCUCCAGAGGAUCCCAGUUUAGAUUUCCGAAACAGCCCUACAAAGGAAGAGCUGGGCAAGCUGCAGCCGCUAGUGGCCUCUUAUCUCUGCUCAGAUGUAACAUCUGUUUCUUCAAAAGAGCCUCUGAAGCUGCAAGGAGUCUUCAACAAGCAGACAGUCCUUAAAUCUCACUCUCUCUUAUCUCAGUCCUUCUUGAAAACAAGUGAUCUGUUGGGGAGGCAACCGGUAUUGGAAUUCACUUUGGAGAAUCUAAAAACAAUGAGUACUAAUAGCCAGCCACCUCUCCCACAAGCGCCUGUAAAUGGCUUGGCCAAGAAAUUGGCCAGAAGUACUACUUCAGACCAUGAAAACUCUAGUUCUGUGAAUGGUGGGAAGUGUGCUCAUCCUUCUCCUGCCCUCCAGGGUGUUGACUGUAAUGCAGGAGGUUCUGAACUGGGGGACUUGAAGACGGGGUUGACCAAUUGCACUCUUCCACAUAGAAGCCUUGAUGCAGAGCACACAACUCCAUUUAGCAAUAAUAGCACUGCAAAGAAAUUUUCCCUUAAUUCCAUGGAGCAACAGCGGGUGCUCGAGGGCAGCAGUGGAGAGACUAGGUUGCCCGAGGUUGCCAGUCAUUCUGACUUUGGGAGCAGUAAGCUGGAGGAGCAGAAACCUUCUCUGUUGGCUGGUCACCAUAGUGUUGUCGACUCUGAGAUGAGGACGAGGGCAUUGCUGCGACGGCAGGCAGACAUUGAGAACCGUGCCCGCAGGCUGCAGAAACGCUUGCAGGUAGUACAGGCAAAGCAGGUGGAGAGACACAUUCAGCAGCAGUUGGGUGGCUUCUUGGAGAAAACUCUGAGCAAGCUUCCAACUUUGGACCCCCUGAGGCAUCGGAGCCAGCUGAUGUUGACCAGAAAAGCAGAAGCAGCCUUGAGGAAAGCUGCGAGUGAGACAGUUACGUCAGAAGGCCUAAGCAGCUUCUUGAAGAGCGAUUCAAUAUCGGAUGAACUGGAGAGAUUCACGGCCAGUGGUAUGGCCAACUUGAGAUCCAGCGAACAAGCGUUUGACUCUGAUGUCACCGACAGCAGCUCAGGAGGAGAGUCUGAUGUUGAAGAGGAGGAACUGACCAAAGCAGACCCCGAACAACCCCACGUACCGUUGAGACGAAGGGCAGAGUGGAGAUGGGCAGCAGACCGUGCAGCUAUCGUCAGUCGCUGGAAUUGGCUCCAAGCCCACGUCUCAGACCUGGAAUACCGAAUCCGGCAGCAAACGGACAUUUACAAGCAGAUCAGAGCCAAUAAGGGGCUGAUAGUUCUUGGUGAAGCAUCACCCCCUGAACCUGCAAUAGAUGAUGCGUCUCGUCCUAUUAGUGCUGAAGUUAAGCUGGAACCUGGGGCUGACCGGCUGAGUGUUCCCAGAUCCCAGCCACUCGAGAACUUUGGUGUUUCUGCUGCAAGUACUCCUGAAUCCCUUCCUGCCAAGCCCUGUGGAGCACCAAGACCCGUCAAUGGAGUUAUUAACACGUAAGCUCCUGGCCUGGCAGAACCACUCAGGGGAGAUGGCCAGGAAGCUGAUGAACUCUCGCAUAAAAAGCAACGACUGAACAUGGUUUCUUCAUCUUUGGAUGGAACUUAUGUAGCAGCUCGCACGCGCCCAGUUCUGAGCUGUAAGAAGCGACGGCUUGUUCGACCUAGCAGCAUCAUGCCUCUUUCCAAAAAGGUCCAUCGUAACAGCCUGGUGCGUUGUAGCUGUGAUGUGAACCCUUGUUGUGGUCUAUGUGGCACUCGAAGCUCGGCAACUCUGGAAAUACAGUAUGAUGCUCCUUUGCUGGAGCGCCUCUCCCAGCUGGAUUCCUGUAUUCAUCCUGUCCUGUCCUUCCCAGACGAUGUGCCGAUGAGCUUGCACUUCCAGAGCAUGUUGAAGUCUCAGUGGCAGAACAAACCCUACGAGAAAAUUAAACCUCAAAAGCUCUCGCUCAAGCACAGAGCUCCCAUGCCUACCAGCAGCCUGUCUGACUCUGCUCGUAAGGACCGUCACAAGCUGGUGAACUCCUUCUUCACUGCAGCCAUGUUGAAGCAUCACACAGACAGCAGUGGCCCAAGCUACUUUCCAGCAGCUUGUGACCGCCAACCUCACAGCCCUCUAGCACGGCAACUGUCCACCUCUUCAGAAGGCUCCACUCCUGCCAGUGCAAGUUCACAGGGUACCUCCAGUACAACUGUAACAGCAAGGAGGAGGAGAGGCGAAAGUUCAUUCGAUAUUAACAACAUUGUCAUCCCGAUGUCUGUUGCGUGCACAACUCGUGUGGAGAAACUGCAGUACAAGAGGGUGCUGUGUUGCAGCUGGCGUGAAGUGGACAUCAGCACUCUGAAAGCCAACCCUGAUGAAGACAAGGAGGAGAUCGAGGACUUGUCUGAUUCGGCCUUUGCCGCUCGGCAUGGCAAAUGUGAAGAGAUGGAGCGGGCCCGGUGGCUUUGGAGCACAAGCAUGCCCCCGCAGCGGCGGGGCAGCAGGUCCUACAGAUCGACAGAUGGGCGGACGACCCCCCAGCUGGGGAACCCCUCGACUCCCCAGCCGGCAUCCCCUGAUGUGGGCAGUUGCCAAUCCCAUUCAGAACUAUCCCACACUCACUCCCCGCGCAGCCCCAUCAGCCCUGAACUGCUCUCUGGCCCCCUCACCCCCAUCUCCCGUGACUCCAUGCGGCUCCUGUCCAUCGAGGACACUCGUUGCUCCACGCCUGAGGCUGGCCUUGAUGAGCAGGCUGUGCAGCCCUGGGACCGACGCACCUUCCCACUCUCGUAUGAUCCCAGGACAGAGUGCGAGGACCAAGCUGAUCCCCAGGACCGGUCAUCGCGCUGCACCCGGCGCACAUCAGGCAGUAAAUCCUCCCGGGAGACCGAUAGUGCUCCUGUUUUGCCCAACCUGGCCAGCCUCAAGAGCCGAACCCCACUGGUGACAGCCCCCCUCCCCUCCUUCUCCUCUUCCUCCUCCUCUUCCUCCUCCUCUUCCUUCUCUGCAGUCCAGCGGCCAGCGAACAGAUAGAGACGUGCGGGAAGACAUGAGCAAAACCAACAUACAGAACUAACUCUUGGCAUUAAAGCUUCCAAAAUCUGCGUUUGAUAUUCAAACAUCCUGCCGGGAAUUUUCACAGUUUUUAGUGAAUUUAAGGAGUUUAGAAACUGUUUUUUGUUUUGUUUUGGUUUUUUUUUUCCUCCUUCUCCAUGUUUCCUGUCACACAGAUGAGCCCCCAGAUUCCUCCCAGCAGAGUGAAGCCUCAGGAGGGGAGCAGCCCACCAGACACUUUCCCUCAUUCUGCUCCUCCCCUUUUAGGUGUAUGAAACUAGGGCACAGGAUUUAGCUGACUAGCAGACUUCGGGGAUAGUUUUUCUCAAGCAAAAGGGUAUCUUUUUCUCUUAACCUGCCUCCCUGCCCCUCCCCAAAAGGUUUUAGUGGAGUGAAAUUAGUGGUGAAAAGUGAUGUCUUGGGAUUGCAACCUUCACUGACUGGCUGUCCUGAGGUGCAGGGUGCCUGUCCCGCACUUCCACCCUGUGGUGUUUCCCUGCGAUAGUUUGUAUCCUGAGGGAUGACUCUGCCUGCGCUCCUCCAGUCUCCCCUCUGCCACCUCCUCGUUCUGCUUUCCUGGUUUGGGAGCAGCCGAGGUCUGGCUGCCCUGUCCAGUGGGGGGAAAAGGAGGGACCCUUUCAGCCACUUCAUCCACAGGUCUGCAUGGGAGGAGUGGGAUUUCGGAAGCAGCCUUGUUCACACUGUGUGCGUUUCUCCCAGGUCAAAGGGAGGAAGAGAGUAGAGUCCCCAGCCCGACAGAGUCAGAUGUUUAGGUCAGGAGUCACAGUGCAUUUAAGGGACAACCCUGGGGAUGCAGCUGUUGGCAGCAGCUUUCAGCGGGGGAAUGUGGGUCUGCAGACAGAGCUUGGGCUCUGCCCUCACACCCCACCCCAUAGGGUUGGGAUGGUGGAGUGGAGGCAGCUCGGCCACAGCACAGAGGAACCAUUGACAGCAGCAGGAGCAUUCCACACCUGGAAGCAGAUGUUGCAGCUCCACGUUUCAUGGCCAGGUGGCCAGUGUGGUCCCCAUGGGUGAGUUUGAUCUCAGAAAAGGGGAAAUAAGAGAGGGAAUGGGGGCAAGGAUGAAUGCGGGGGGAGGAGAGGGAGGGGUAUUGUUGUGGUCCGUCACCACUGCUUCAGUCCACUUCCAUGCAGUCUGAGAACAGGUGUCAUUUCUGUUUCUCUGGCCCAUCCUUGUUCUGGCGUGCUGCCUCCUGACGGGGGUUUUAUUUUGAAGCUAAGUUCACUGUUGUUCCCCCCCAACCCCUGGUCCUUCUGCACCUGCUGUGACUCCCUGAUCAUGCACACCGUUCCCAUCUGUAAUGCUUUC